CGGCUCGGUCGAACAUGCUCGCUCUGCUGCUUCUGCUUCCUGCUGCCUGCGGCUCUGGCCCGGAACUGGGAAGGUGCGGAGGAGAAGCUGCGCGUCGUCCCGCUGCUGGGAGCCGCGGAGCCGCGGAGCAACCACACCAACAACACCAACAACACCAACAACACCAACAACCUCCGCUGUCGGCUGCCGGUGAAGGUAGGUUCGUGUCGCGCAGCCUUCACAAGGUUUUACUACGACGUGUCCAACCAGAGCUGCAGGAGCUUCACGUACGGAGGCUGUGAGGCCAACAGCAACAACUUCCAGAGUCAGGAGAAGUGUGAGGAGGCCUGCAGCGGAGCCACAGUCCUCCCUGAUGAGUCGACUCCUGCGCCGCUUCUUCCUGCCAAAGCUUCUCGACGGGCUCUCUCCUUCGUUUCAAAUGCUGAAGGUCCCGUUGAGUCUGAACCUGCUCCCUCAGAGUCCACCCCCCCUCAGGAGAAAGAAAUGUCUGCUGAAGACUUCGCUGAGCUCUGUGGGGCGGAGCCUCAGGUGGGUCCCUGCAGAGCGGCGUUACAGCAAUGGUACUACAACAGUAAAUCAGGAAGCUGUCAAACCUUCAUCUACGGAGGCUGCAGAGGAAACCGCAACAACUACGUCAGCGAGGAGAGCUGCAUGGAUACCUGUUCAGUCAAAGUGCUUCGUUCCUCCAAGAAAGUCGCUGAUGUUGAUGAAGUUUCUAAGGAAUACAAAGACUCCUGUAUGGCGACAUCUGACCCCGGUCCCUGCCGUGCCGCCUUUCCCAUGUUCUACUACGACCCAAACACCGCCACCUGUCGGCCAUUCUUUUAUGGUGGUUGUCGGGGCAACCAGAACCGCUAUAGUGCCGCGGAGGAGUGCAUGAGCCGCUGCAGCCGAGCUGGCUCCUUUGACACUCGUGGAAAACCUCGGGACCGCUGGACUGCAGCCGUCUUCCUCUUCGUCACUCUUGCGGCCAUCUCAGUUCUGCUGCUGGCGACGCUCGUCAUCAUCACGCUUAGACGUCACGGUCUUUCCCGCCGUCUGUCUUCCAUCAGUGAUAAGGAGGGGCUGCUUCCUGACGAACAAUCUUCUCUGGAGUCUCUGACCGUCCCAGAGAGCCCCAAACCAGACAAAGCCUGAGGCCAGGGUCUGAUUUAUAAUCUGGAUUAUUUUUAAUAACACUGUUUUAAUCUGGAUUAUCUCAUUUGAUUUCUGUACUUUAGCUGGUUGUUAACGUUGAUUUAAUGAUAAAUUAGGAAACAGAAAUGUUUCAUUAAAUCACUUUAAAUUGAACGAUUUGGAAAAAACAUUAAAUUGUGAUUCUUUUGGACUGAUAUUGCAAUUUCAAUGUGAUUUACAAUUUGAGGGGAUGAUCAUUUUACAUAAUUUCUCUCAUAAUAUAUAAAAUCUAUCAUUGUGUGAUUUCCAGUGAGAAUCUGAUGUUUGAAUACGAUGUGUAGGCCGAGACUUAUAUUUAAAAUGAUAAUAUGACGUAUAUUUUGCCUUUUUAACAAAUAGUGCGUCUUCUGCGAUUUUAAAAGUUGCAGCAGGAAAUAUUGUAAUUUAGAUCAAAUAUGAUAAAUUGUUCAGCCCUAAUUUAAAUUCAUUUAUUACGUAACACCUCCAAUUAUUAUUUUAGUUUCUAUGUGUGUUUUUCUUUUAAUCAUUGUGAACUGUAUAACUUUGUGUUUCCUGCACUUUGACUAAAUCAGCAAUAUUAAGUCUUAAAAUGGAGGUUUACUCACUUUUUAUAUUAUAUGAGUUAAAUGUUUUUAAGAAGUUACUAUGUUGCAGGGCACCGUGCUGAAAUCAGGAAGUAAAUUAACAACAAAUCAUUAACCGCUUUGAUUAACUGGAGCCUACGUUUCCCACCAUGCAACAUGACUCAAGUGUUUAAUGUUAAACUGCUGAAUACUUUAUUUUAUUGAUGGAUUAGUAAUUUAUUGAUUAAUAAACUGUUUUUAUUGUUAUUACAGAGGAGUUUAAUGUUACAUGCAAAAUUCUUAAUAAGUUUAAUAUUCUUUGUGAUUGAUUUAAUUUGAUUUAAUGUUACUGUGAUUAUGUAAAAAAGUGUUUUCUGUGUUUGAAUAAAACUUUAAC